GCUUUUAUCUGUACUUGUCCUGUUGAAGAAUUAAAAGAUGGACUUUCAAAAUCGUGUUGGCAAUAAGUUCGGUAGCGGUAUGAUCGGCUAUGAAGAGGCCAAUGUAGACCGCCGUGAACGUCUACGUAAACUUGCCAUGGAAACUAUAGAUCUAACGAAGGAUCCCUAUUUUUUUAGAAAUCAUAUUGGCUCUUAUGAAUGUAAAUUGUGUCUCACAUUGCACAAUAAUGAAGGCAGUUAUUUUGUUCACACCCAAGGAAAAAAACAUCAAGAGUACUUGCGCAGAAGAGCCGCGAAAGAGGCUAAAGACGCAAUUCCUCUACCACAGUUGAGCCAACCUCGAGUUCAAUUUAAAAAGUUUGCCAAGAUUGGACGCCCAGGUUACAAAGUAAUCAAAGAAAAAAAUCCAGUUACUCAACAGCACGCUCUACUUUUUCAAAUUGACUACCCGGAAAUAGCUGAAGGGAUUCGCCCGAGGCACCGAUUCAUGUCUGCCUACGAACAAAGGAAUGAAGCUCCUGAUAAGAACUGGCAAUACCUCCUCUUUGCUGCUGAGCCGUAUGAAACGAUUGCCUUUAAAAUACCCAGUCGGGAAGUUGAUGAAUCGGAGGGGAAGUUUUUUUAUGAGUGGAAUGCAGAGACAAAACAGUUCUUUAUACAAGUCCCUUUUAGAACAUCUACAGGAAGCAACGCUCUUCCGCUCUACGCCCCAAAUGCCGUGCCUAUGCGGACGAUUCCCCCCGAGAAUCCCCUUAAUCCGUACGCACCCAUCAACGUUUAGUUUCGGCAUUUCGUUACUUUUUUUUUUUGCGCGGUGAUUGCAAAAUA